CCGGCGAAUUCCGUCGUCAUUGUCCUGCCAGUCGCGUAGACGGUACGCGCGCGGCGGAGAAAUCGCGGACGGAGCUCCUCCGCCAGAAGUCGGGAGCGCUGUCGCGCGCACGAAGGUGAGAAGAAAAAGGAGCGACACCUCUCGGGAGUGGCCGUGGUGGCGGUAGGCGGUGGAAGUAUUAAUUGCGCGAUCGCCGCAAUUUAUCGCUCCCCUCGCCCGCUCGCGCGGCCAUUGCGCGGCCAAGAAGACAUCUGCAGCCAUGCUGGUCAGAGCGUGCGCGCGCGUUAUUACGCGGCUCAUUGUCGUCGUCGUGUCUGCAUCCAAUUUCAUCGCCGGUGCCGACGUGAUGGACGUCAACGUCCACGUGGAUCAUCGCGAGGAGUGGGUCGUCAGGGUGCAGGGUGGAUCGCAAGUGGCGUCGCUAUUGGCUGUGCAGUCUGGUUACAAGCACCACGGCUCGGUUCUCGGAUUCAAGGACACAUAUAUAUGGCUCAAAGACUCUAGCCCGAGUGAACAGAAGAGAGGAAAUCUUCGUUUGACGAAGGCCCUUGAUGCAAAUUCCAAGAUCGUCUGGGCGGAUCAACAGAAAACCGUGAAACGACUUAAACGCGAUUACAUCUCGUUAGCCGACUUGGACUCUGAAAAACCCUUAACGAGAGAGAAGCGUCUGCAAUUAAACGCAUACGGAGCUGCUUUAAAUGCCGUUAACAGCGAGGAAGAAAAUUACGGUGCUGUCCAUAGGACAAGGAUGUUUAACGACGAGCUUUGGGAUCAAGAAUGGUACCUGCAAGACACGAGGACGAAUAAAGCUUUGCCGAAGCUCGACUUAAACGUCCUGCCUCUGUAUCGACUAGGGAUAACUGGUCGUGGGGUAAAAAUUGCUGUUCUUGACGACGGUUUAGAGUACAGCCACGAUGAUCUGCGAAACAAUUACGACGCAGCCAUUAGUUACGACAUAAACGAGGGUGACACCGAUCCUAUUCCAAGAUACGACGUAUCGGGGAUGAACGGUCACGGUACCAGGUGUGCCGGCGAAAUAGCAAUGGAGGCCAACAACCGGAAGUGCGGGGUUGGUAUCGCCUUCGAGGCGUCCAUCGGGGGCAUCAAGCUGCUUGACGGCUUGGUGAACGAUCGCGUGGAAGGCGAGGCUCUGGGCUACGAGCAGGAACUCGUCGACAUUUACACGGCUUCCUGGGGACCGGCGGACGAUGGGAAGAGUUUGGAGGCACCCGGUAGACUCGCCGUUGAGGCGCUCGAGCGUGGUGUAAGGGAGGGUCGUAACGGUAAAGGUAACAUUUACGUAUGGGCUUCUGGAAACGGCGGCUCUAAAUCGGACGACUGUGCAUGCGACGGAUACGUCGGGAGUGUAUACACCGUGGCUGUUGGAUCGGCUAGCCAAACUGGAAGAUUUCCUUGGUACGGGGAAAGGUGUCCUGCCACCCUCGCUACGACGUACAGUAGUGGCGCCUAUCACGACCAGAUGAUAGCAACAACGGACCUAAAAAACACUUGUACGACCAGGCAUACGGGUACUUCAGCUUCUGCGCCAUUAGCCGCUGGGAUACUGGCUCUCGCGCUGCAAGUAAACGACGACCUGACGUGGAGGGACAUCCAGCAUCUGGUGACCUGGUCAUCGGAGUAUAGUCCUCUCAGGGAAAACCCGGGAUGGUUUAAGAACGCGGCUGGAUUCUGGUUCAACUCGCGUUUCGGCUUCGGGCUUAUGAACGCGUACGCGUUGGUAGCGGCGAGCAGCAACUGGACGACGGUGCCGGGGAAGACUGUUUGCAAAGUGGAUAACGUAUAUACGGCCGAUAUCGGACUGGCUUAUGGAAAUUCGAAGAAACUCCAGUUCGACGCCGGCAGCGUUUGUCGGACACCAGGAAGCGAGAUAAUCUCCCUGGAGCACGUGGAGAUCGAGGUGAAUCUCGAGUACUCUCGUCGCGGGGCGCUGCAGAUGCAUCUGGCCGCGCCCUCAGGGACCUUAGUCCAAAUCUUAAGCCCAAGGAUGCUGGAUAAUUCCGACGCUGGUUUUGCGAAGUGGAAAUUCAUGUCCGUGGCGACGUGGGGCGAAGAUCCUCGUGGAACCUGGACCCUGGACAUAUUUGAUCAAACCGGCCCGGUGCAGAACAACGGCACGAUCGGGGCAUUUACGCUGAUUUUACACGGCACCGAGCGGAUACCGGAUUAUCGUAAGAACGGGCCGAGAAUUUACGACGAGGACUACAAUCGUAUACGUAAAACCUACGGCGUGGUCGAGCCGAUCGCGACAAAUUCCGCCCAGGAUGAAUACGAACGACGUAUACAGUGGCCGGGAAUUGACGACAUUUUGGACGAGCACUGGUUGCAAAAGCUGCUAAAAUUGUGAUAUGCAGCGUUCUAGUUGCGCUGAUGCGCAUCAAACAUUAUUAAAUUAACGAGAGAUGAAGAGCACCAAUUACUGUGAUUAUUACAGCGAUGCAAAAUACGGCAUAGAGCUGCGAUACGAUACACCGAACGUAUCGUUCGAUUCGGGGCUGUGACGGGCUGUUAUUAUUAAAUAAUCGCGUCUUUAGCCGCUCCGAGUGACGAGAUCUUCAGUCUCGCAACGAUCAGAUUUAUUUCGCGUCCGUCACCGAAACAUAAAUAUUUGACUGGCAUCCGUGCCGAAGAGUAACGCAGUCGAGCAGAAAAAAACUAGCCGAAACAAUAUGUGGAAUCAUUUCGCAAACAUGCGAGACGAUCGAUCGUUGCGCGACGUUGUUUAUUUACUUUACGUUUACGUUGCUGCAAAGUUUCGUUCGGCGAGAUGCGAAACACUGCGCGGCAGGCAGCCAACGUCGAUAAUACCUCGGACGAAGGAAAGUUACGUUUCGCUGCAAAUUAGCCGUGAUACGAUUGCAUUUUGCAUCGAUCAGUCCCGAGCAAGAAUUGUCGUCGCCCGCGCGUAUCGCUUAUAACGUCGAAAAAAGAUCUCCUUGACCUCUUCCUACUUUGUCGCCGGCUUUCGGCGUAUUUUGUGAAAUCGCUGUAUUUAUCGUGGAACAGCGGCGCUUGACACAGAGAGGCACGGUCGAAAAUCGCACAUCGUAAAUCGUGCGGACAUAAAUAAGCCAUGCGAGAGAAUAUUAGUGCGUCGACGUGAUUUUACCUUUGCGCAGAAAGAAUGCCCUGGUUUUUUCCACGUCGGAAAUUACCAUAUUAUUCUCGUGCUCUAUUUCUCGUUGCGCGCUUCGGCACAAAACUCCAAACGGCCCCUUUCUCGUGUUGUAAUUAAAUUCCAACAAUUAUCGCGCGAGAAAAUUUAGUUAUUUUUCUCGUUGAACAUAAUUAUUAUUAAGCAUGCAGCCGGCUCUAUACCUCAAGCGCACAAAGAAAAUGAGGUGAAAUU